AUGGCGGGGCUGCAGGAAAAAAAGCACGUUGGACAGACUCCUCCCCUAAAAACACUAAACUCCGCCCCAAAGCACAGUAUGGGACACGGUCCCCAGUGUGCCCAGAACUGUGCGCGAUUGGGCACGAUACGGGGCAGUCCCCGCGUGUCACAAACCGUGCUUUUGCCCCAGGCACGGUUUGGGGCACGCAGGGACUGCCCCAAACCGUGCCUAGGCACGGUUUGGGGCAAGGCAUGGUUCGGGGCGCAACAUCUGUCCAUGCAUCCAUACAACCGCUUCUCCCGUCUCAUAGCCGCCAAAGUGACGACCGCCACCAUGCUGUACGAACCAGGUAACACCACCACUGCUGCCCUCUGCGCGACAUCUCCUCACCCUGCCGCAGCCUUGGUGUACACCACAGACGAGUUCCCAACGGAUUCAGUCUUCACAGACUCUACCACACCGGGUGUCAUUUGCGAUGCCGCUGAAGAUGCGGGGGGUCUGUCCGUUAUCCAGUGGACGUUCAUCGUUCAGAUGGCGAUCAUCAGUGUGGUGGGCACCCUGGGGAACGUCAUGGUCAUCAUGUCCUUCUGCCUCUACCGACAGGUGCGCUCAUCCAUGAACAUGUUCGUCCUGAACAUCGCGGUGAGCGAUCUCCUGAUCACGGCCGUGCAGGCGCCCACCCGGCUGGCGGCGGUGGUCACCGGGGCCCCACCAGGCGGCCAGGGCUUCUGCGCCUUCCUGGGGUUCAUCGGCUUCCUCAACUGCUGCAUCUCCGUCCUCUCCUCCGCCCUCAUCGCCUUCAACCGCUACAUCCGCAUCUCGCAGUCGCCGAGCACAUACAUCAGGCUGUUCGGUCCGCUCAAGUCGUGCAUGUGGAUAGCGGCGUCCUGGGGGGUCUGUGUUCUCAUCGUCAUUCUCCCCGGCAUGCUGGGCGUGGGUCGUUUCGGGUGGGACGGGGUCCGCAGUCAGUGCGACCUGGACUCAAACCACCCUUACAGUCGAUACUACUUCUCUUUGGUUUUCGGGGGUGCUUAUUGGAUCUCUGUGUCCACAGUUGUCGUGUUUUAUGUCAAAACGUAUCUCUUUGUUAAGAAUUCCGUGAUGACCAUAGCCCAGAACAGGUCUAACUUGGGGAACAAACGGGAGUACGUGUCGACAGAGAUGGUGCGCAGAACGAGACACAUGUUCAUCAUCUUCUGCACAUCCACCGUGCUGCAGGCCCCUGCCGUGUUGUUAGAGAGCAUAGACUUCACGGCGUCCUUCAUACCGUUUGAGGUGAUUUUUGUGGGGAUAUUCCUGUUCGGGUCGUGCCACGCUAUCAACCCGUUCAUGUACCCGUGGAAAGUCAGGGUGUUUCGGCGGGCCUUUAAGGCAUUACUGCAGUGCAAACGGAACCUGCCUUAUGUACCUGGACAGCCCCCUUCCCACCCGACCUAA